AUACGUCAUUUCAGCUUCUCCUUCUUCCCCAUUUAAGAUCCUCCCUCUCCACUUGAAUCAUCGCCGUAAAAAAAUAAAACUUUAUCUCUCUCUCUCUCUCUCUCUCUCUCUCUCUAUCAGUGAAAAGCUAUGAACAAUCUCAUCUCCCGUAUGAUCCUUCUCUUCAUCACUCUCCUCCUCUCUUUCCCUCUCUCCUCGCCGUAUUAUCCAACGGUCCAUGAGGUUCUCCGAUCAAAAGGUCUCCCGGCGGGACUUUUACCGCAAGAAGUUGAUUCUUAUAUUCUUCACAACGACGGUCGUCUCGAGGUUUUCCUCGCGGCGCCGUGUUACGCUAAAUUCGAGACGAACGUGCACUUUGAAGCCGUCGUGAGAGCGAAUCUUAGCUAUGGGAGCCUCAUCGGAGUAGAAGGGCUAUCGCAAAAAGAGCUCUUCUUGUGGCUUCAGGUGAAAGAUAUCGUCGUCGAGAAUCCAAAUUCCGGCGUCAUUGUGUUUGAUAUCGGCGUUGCUUUUAAACAGCUUUCGCUUUCUCUCUUUGAAGACCCACCCAAGUGUAACCCUGACGGUGUUUUGAAGAAAAAAAUGAGAAGAGAUAGAGGAUUUGAAGCUCAAAUAUGAGAAGUAGAGAGAAAGACCUAGAGCAGCCCCAUUGUCCAUUUGAAAAUUUCCAAAAUUGUGAACUAAUCUAAAAGAUUAGUAUGCUAAUUAUAUGAGUAGAAUAGAAUUUUGUUUGAGAGUUCUUGUAAAAAUGAGACUCCCCAUGUUCUAUUCUAUGUUUUGUGUUUUAGUUUAAAAAUCUGUAUCUCAUUGUCUUUGACUAAAUUGAUGAUGUUUAU